AUGGCCCACAAUCAGAGGAAGGUCGAUAAGAAGGACACCAACUUCAACCAAGCAACGCAGCUCAGAGAUUUGAAGGCGCUCGUGCCAGAGAACGACAACAUGGCGAAUCCUGCUGCGAUUGUUCCUGCCGCUGGUCAGGGUCAAGCGGCCCCAGCCGCUGACCCUGUUGGUCCUCACAAUCUCGCUGCUCCCGGGCCUUCUUGGGUUGCUAUCCGGGAUGUUGCUCUUCCAAACGCCGGCCCCGCCGAGCCGGCUCAACCUAACGUCAGACCGCCUGCUCGAUGCAGUGGUCGGGCUAGGCCUCCUGCUCGAGACAGUGCUAGGGCUAGACGACCUUCUUCCCGCCCUGCCGUUCUUCCACCCAACGCUGCUGACGACCCCGCACCAUCCACUGCUUCGCUAGGUCGGAGUUAG